AUGCUAUCUUUAUCGUCGUGUUGUCGAUGUGGUUGUGCAAAGGCUUCUUUAUGGGCCAAUGAAUUUGAUUUAUCACUUCAUCCUGAUGGCGACUUUCAACAAAUUGAAUUCGACCAAAUUUCGGACUUUAUCAAGCGUGUUGAGAAGCAGUUAGUUGUAAAUGAUGGUGAUGCUCUGGAUCAAUUCUGUAAAAACUUCUCAGAUCAUGUGAAUUCAAGGAAUCCUAAUCAUAAACUUCGUGUAGCUAUUAUACUUGAUAAUUCAGGUCCUGAACUAGCUGCAGAUCUAUGUCUUGCAGAGUAUCUCCUUACAAGUCACAUUGCUGACCAUGUAUCAUUUCAUGGUAAAAGCAUUCCAUGGUUUGUAUCAGAUGUCACUGGCAAAGAUUUUAAUUGGCUACUAAAUAUGAAUAUUUUGGAGUUGGAGGGUGCUAACAAUGAUCAAUAUGCCCAUUUGGUUUCAAAGUGGUCUGAAGUCUGGCGAAAACGGAUUCAAGAUAGCAGUUUUCGCUUUGAAACUUCGUACUUUUGGACUACUCCCUGCACAUAUGACGAGAUCGAAGUAGUCGACGCUUCACUUUACCAGGAUUUAUCAAGAAAUUAUGAUUUAAUAAUAUUCAAGGGUGAUCUUAAUUACCGCAAGCUUUUAGGCGAUCGUCAGUGGAAACCUGACAACCUAGACGAUAAGAUUAAUGCCUUCCAUCGAGUGCAGAUUGGUAGAUCACCAAGCUUAACUAAUUCCUAUUUCAAAUUGAUUCUUGAACAAUAUCAACAACAAACCAUUUUAUCAUCAAUGUCAAGACAAACAUUCAAUGAAUUUUUAGCUGGUGCUAUUGGAGGAUUAGCUGGCUUAACGGUUGGCCAUCCAAUGGAUACUGUCAAAGUUGUUAUGCAAAGUUCGUCGAGAAAUUUAACAUUUAAAGAAGCGACUGGUUCGAUUCUUGAAACUGGACUAAGACGAUUUUUUACUGGGCUUGCAAUUCCGUUUUAUUCAUAUGGAUUUAUCAAUGCCGUAGUAUUUACUGCAUACAAAGAGUCACUAAGUAUAUUUGAUGCAACUGGUCAGUCCCCAUUUGCAAAUGCUAUGGCCGGUGCUAUAUCAGGAGCUGUACAAUUGAUACCAGCUGUUCCAGUUGAAGUUAUUAAAAUACGACAACAAUCCAUAGCAAGUCAUCCAGGUGAAAAACAACUGACUGCUAGAAAAUGUAUCCAUACCAUUUUACGUAUGCAAGGAUUUAGUGGAUUUUACUCAGGAACAAUUAUUCAAGCAUUUCGUGAUAUUCCAGGACUGACUGCUUAUUUUUAUGCUUAUUCUGAAUCAAUAAAAAUAGGAAAACAUAUUGGUUUGUCAACAUUUUGGUCUGCUUUUAUUGGUGGUGCGAUAAGUGGAGCAUUAUCUUGGUGUGUUUCAAUGCCAUUUGACGUAAUAAAAACAAGACAACAAGUUGGUAAUGGAACCACAAUUACAAAUGUUCUAAAUACACUAUUAAAAGAAAAAAGCUACAAAAUAUUUUUCCGUGGAUUUAACGUUGUUAUCACUAGAGCAUUUGUAGUUAAUGCAUGUACAUUCGCUGUCUACGAAACAGUUUAUGAACAUCUUAAAAAAUAUUAGUGAUAUUGGAAUUUAUCUUAUUUUUGCUGCUUAAUGCGAUUGUUUUUAUAAAGUUUGGAAAAUAUUUUAUUGAAAAGAUUUAUUAUUCAGAUUGCUAGUUAAAAAGAUUUGGUUUGUUAUUUACCGAUAAAGUAACUGAUAUAAAUUGAAGUAGCAAAGAGCCUAAUGUCAUGGGUUACUAAAAAAUCUGAUAAAAUUAACACUCAUUUCUUAUCGAGGAUUAUAAACCAGUAUGAGGAAUUAGGAUUAUGAUUUAAUGUUGAUGGUUAGGGUAAGGAAUUAGACUUAGGGUUUCUAU